AUGCGACUGCAGACCACCUUGCAGCUCAUUUUCGUUGCGACCGUCUCCGCCCGCUCACGAUUACCUUCUGCAUUCGCAGAGCCACCGAGCUCUGGUGUGGAUAAUGUUGACCCGCUGAUAGGCGCCGGGGGAGACUCUCCGAACGGUUCGGGGGGGAUGAUCCCGUCCACCGCCCCACCGUUUGCUAUGACGCGCUGGGUCGCGCAGACUCGCCAGAACUAUGUCUCCGUGACGCCGUACAAUUAUACAGACACGGAAGUACACGGAUUUCAGGGCACUCACCAGCCUGCCAUCUGGAUGGGCGAGAGCGGCCAGGUCGUCGUCGUGCCCGGUGCAGGAGAGGUGCAGAGCGUGUUCGAGCAGCGCGGCAUGCCGUUCAGCCACGACGACGAAGUCAUCACUGCCAGCUACUACAGCGUGCAGAUGGAUGCACUUGAGGGAGGGAAGAUUCUCGCGGAGAAAUCUGCGACUUCUCGCGUUGGACAUCUGCGUUUUACAUUCAUGAACACCAGCAUCCCAUACGUUUUCGUUGAAGCAACACGCGCGUCUGUCAUGGGUUCCGCCGACCCCUCCAACGUAACCUACCCGCACGGCGAGAUCACCAUCGACCCGUCACGACAAGAGAUUACCGGGCGCAACCCUGAGCGACAGGACUUCAUCAUCGGGCCCAAUCCAGCGCUCGGUUGGUCAGGCUACUUCUGCGCACGUUUCGACCUCCCUUUCGCGAGCUGGGGCACUACCGCGAACGGCAGUACUGCAGAGGGCGCGACGGCGGGCGCGGGCGCAAUGCUUGGGGGAUUCGUACGGUUUGCUGAGGGCGCCAGCGUGGUGGGCGUGCGGGUGGGCGUGUCGUUCAUUUCUGUGGAGCAAGCGCGGAAGAAUCUGGAUACAGAGAUCCCCGAUGAUAUCAGUCUUGAAGAGACCGCGAGAGGUGUGCGGCAGGCGUGGGCGGAGAAGCUGGAUCGGAUCAAGGUUGAGGGCGCGAGUGAGGACGACCUGAAGGUGUUUUAUACUGGGGUGUAUCAUACGCUUCAGGUGCCCGAGUAUCCGUACGAACAAAGCGAAAAUGGUCAGUACUACUCGGGUUAUGACGAGUCCGUGCACGAGGGAGAAUCUUACACUGGGUACUCUAUCUGGGACACAUUCCGCGCUGAGUGGGCGUGGCAGAUCCUGCUUGCACCUGAACGUAUUCCCGGUAUGGUGCAGAGCAUGCUCCAAGACUACAAAGAGGGCGGAUGGCUUCCAAUGUGGAAGAACAUAGUGGAGACGAAUAUCAUGGUGGCGACCCACGCAGAUGCGCUUAUCGCUGAGGCCGUGGUUAAGGGCGUAACCGGGUUUGACUUCAAGACUGCGUAUGAAGCCGUCCACAAGGACGCUACUGUGCCGCCAGUGGAUGACGGGACCAUCUCGUACUACGAUCGCGAGGAGAAUGUAGGCUACGAAGUUCGUGCAGGGUUGUCUUCGGUGUACGAAGAGCGUGGCUGGGUUGCGUCCGACAUCCAUUCCGAGGCUGCCUCGCGCACGCUUGACUACGCCUUUGACGACUACGCCGUCUCCGUCUUCGCAUCUGCGCUCUCCGAGACCUCCGAUGCCGCGUUCUUCCGCGCCCGUGCGAUGUCCGCCCCGUUCACGAUUUUCAACAACGACACGCUUUUUAUGGAAGCGCGCGACGCGAACGGCCAUAACGAUCAGACUAAUGAGCCAUCGCACCAUAUCCCAUACUUGUACUCUCUCGCAGGCGCUGCCUCGAAAUCGCAAGAGCGCAUUCGCGAAGUAGCGGUGUCGAACUACAACGCGUCCAUUAACGGCUUAUCCGGUAACGAAGACUGCGGCCAGAUGAGCGCGUGGUACAUCUUCAGUGCCCUUGGCUUCUACCCCGUGGAUCCUGUGUCGGCUGAAUAUGUCGUUGGCACGCCAUUCUUCGACAAAGUGACGCUCGACUUCCCCAAUGCGACGCACCCGCUGGUGAUCACUUCCAAAGGCGGACCACAAAACCCAUACAUCAAGUCUCUGAAGAUCAACGGCGAGGACGUGCAAAUACCAAUUAUUCUGCACUCCCAGAUCGCGAACGGGGGUGAGAUCGUGUUCGAGAUGAGUUCGGAGCCUCAGCCUUGGUCAUCGAGCACGCUGACGAAUUCGACCAGCGCAGUUGAAGAAAAUUAUGUUUGUGAUGGCGUCCUCCAGGAGACAUACCGACAUCUCGAAUUGCGGUAG